UUUUUUUGUAGAAUUUAGGGAAUAUUUAACAGGCCAAAUUUCACAAGUAAAACCUUUCUAGAUUUUUAGAAUAAAUCACAUCCCUGUUAAUAGGAUUUUGACUUUAAAUGCAAUUACCACCUAGAUUCUAAGUUUCUCCUCUAUAAUCCUAAUUCUGAAGAGGAUAGCAUGAUUCUUCUGUUGCUUGUCAUGAUCCCUCUGGGGUACACAUGUAGACAUCUGAAUGCAUGUACUGGAUUUUAAUCAGAUUUGCUUUCCAUUCCCUGUUCAAGCACCCACUCGGGAACCUGAUUUUCUCUGUCAAGGAGAAACAUCCUCUUACUGCUGUGAACCUGAUUUUAUUCAUUUUUAAUGGAUUUAUUUGUUGAAUUGAGCACUGUUUUACCAACUGAUGCUGGAAAAGGGCAUGCAAGGACACAGAGUCAUGUGAUUCUGAAGUUAUGGCAAAUAAAUGUAUGCAUUCUGACUCAUUGCCAAAACACAGUCCUGUUUACAGAGAAAAAUAUGCAACUCUAUCAAGCGUAGUUACUGUGCUCAUUGUAUCUGCUGUAGUUUCCAUGAAAAUAAAUUUAUUUAUUACUUUUGGCCUACAUAUAUGCAGCCCAAGACAAUUCUUCCUCAUUCAAUGGGGCCCUGGCAAGCCCAAAGAUUGGACAUCCAUGCCCUGUUGGUUUAUUUAAAACUGCUGAGUAUUUUCUAACACAGUUCUGUGAACUACUUUGUUUUUGUCAAAUUACCCAUUGAGGGUGGGGGCCUCAUCAUGCCAGAAAAAUGACAUUUUUUUAGCCAGUACUAUUUAUUCUACUAAAACAGUCUUUCAAAUGUAUUAAGAUAACAUACCAUAAGCAAAAUACUUCAUUUUUAAUCACUGAUACGUUCAGGUUGAUUCAAGCGGAUCUGUUUUAAUCCAGUCUGGUGCUCCAUGUUAGACGUGGUUUAGUGGGCAGUACUGGUGGUAGGUGAGCAGUUGCUCUUGCACGUCUUUUCCCACCUUAUGAUUCUAUGUUUUUGGUGGUUCUGGUGGUACAGGUAAUUCUAUUCAUGUCUGAACUCCACUGACAGCCAUGAAACGAUAGCACUGAGGUGAAGCAGACCUGCAGCUGAAUGUGGACCAGUCAGGGGAAUGACUGCAGCCCCAUCUCAGCCUUCCUGCCAAUUUCUGAUGCCAAGACCAUGUUUCUCUUUGACCACUCUUGCCUCUUUGCUUAUUCCUCUGGGUUAAAGGCAAUGGGUUAAAUACACCAGGUUAAAAAUUUUCAUGCAUUUUUCCUUCACUCAGCAAGUUAGAAGUGAGCAACUGGUAAUUCUUUUGGAGACCUCUGUUAUUACUAUUUCCCAGCAAUGAUAAUGAAUGAUAUUACUGGUCACUGAAUGUUUUUCUAUGGCAACAGUGCAUAACACUCCAUCAGGCGUUGUGUAGAUGCAUGAUAGUUUCCUGUACUGCUUAUAUCCAGUAACACAUUCGUGUUUAUUUUGAAUACCUUUGUGAGAUUCUUUGCUUCACCAAAGAUCACAAUCAUAACAAGAUGUUGAAGCAUUCUGCAUCCAGCCCACACAGUUUUUUGAGCUGUCGUAUAUCACUGAAAAGAUUUAAGCUAUGCAAGCUGUAGGUAUCUGAGUUCAUUGUCCUGAUAGGAAGAUCAAAUGUGAUUGUUACCAGCUCCUGCUAGUAAAAAAAGAAAUAAUUCUGCUGUUAAAAUAUUUAUUUUGUCAGGAGGAAUAAAGUUUUUUUAUUAAAUCGUGGUCAGUACUUCAGAGGUUAUGGUUGUAAAUAUGGGACAAUAUAAACUGAAUACAACACUAACUUAAAAACAUGGGGCAAAGGACAAAACUUACUGUUUUUGCAGCUUCACUCAGGUUAUGCACAUUUCAUGUGGACCAGAAAUUAAUCAACAGCUUUCUUGUUAUUUUUUCCAAGCUGGCCGAUGGCUUCAUUCUUUGUAAGAAUAGGAAAGAAAAUGACCUGAAUACCAGCAAUCACUCACCUAAGCUUGUAACACGACUAGUAAUUUAUAUUUAGCAGCUGAAGAAGGAAAAUCAAUAGAAAGAUACAGAUUUCAGGGUCAUCAUAGACUGCGUUGUCCCCUGCUAUUUCUGCAGACUCUUCCAGAGGCAAACCACGUUUUGUUCCAUGUUGGAUAGUGUUCAUGUAUGCUCAGCAGGCACCUUUAAACAGCAUUCCAUCACUGUUUGGCAACAGUCUGAAGCAGUCUUCCAGGUUACUGACAGUAAUGAUAAAAAUUUAAAAAAAAAGAAAAAAAAGAAUAGCAAUAAAAUGAAAGCAAUUCAUUAGAUUGCAGAUCAUUUAUGAUUCUAGUGGUGAGAACAGAUAGAAGAGGGAGGACGUUUACAGUGACCAAAUGGAAACUGGAAACAUCCUUCAGUUCCACGUGAAACAAAAAGAAUCUCAGAAAAUCAAAUACCAAGUGCUCUGGUGUAAGAACAAAUAUCCUUCCAUCAUGUAGGUGAUGUUAGCAGUCUUGAAGAUCUAUAAUCUGUAUGGAUCAGCCAAGCUACAGACAAUAUGAUCAUAUCAGUAGUCCUUAAGAAGCUGUUGGUACAAAAUACAUGAGAGCAUGCUGGGGAACUUUGCAUUUAAACAUCAAUUUUGCUGUGAAUAGCCUAAGUGAAUUUAACUAAUAAUUAAUCGAUUCAUAAUAGAAUUAUCUUUCUUUGGUUAAUUUCAAGAUAGUGUUUCUCUUUUUCAUUAUUUUUGUUACAGAAAAACAAUAGCAAUGAUUCCAUUAACUUUCUUACGCAGUCUACAGCAUCUCCAUUUAUAUCCUGCCAUGAAGAUUUGUAAAUUACAGACUCUAAAAUUGUUGUGGACUCUGAAACCUCCUUGUAGGACUUUCCAUAGGCAUCCCAGGCUGCUUGUCUCUGAUGUGCACUCUCAGUACGAGUCUGUCAGGCGUGGUGAACAGGAAAUACCAAAGUACUUUAACUUUGCAAGUGAUGUACUGGACAAAUGGUCUGAGAUUGAAAAGGCUGGAAGAAAACCAACAAACUCUGCUUUUUGGUGGAUAAGUGGUAAUGGAGAAGAAGUAAAAUGGAGCUUUGAGGAGCUGGGAUUCCUUUCUCGGAAAGUGGCCAACGUGUUGACCAAAGUAUGUGGACUGCAAAAAGGGGACAGAGUCAUUGUGGUUCUGCCACGAAUCCCGGAGUGGUGGCUGGUGAACGUGGCUUGCAUUCGAGCAGGGAUUGUCUUAAUUCCAGGAACAUCCCAGUUAUCAGCCAAAGACAUAUUAUAUCGACUCCAGGCUUCAAAGGCCAAGUGCAUCAUCACCAACGACACUCUGGCUCCUGCAGUAGACUCAGUGGCAUCUGAGUGCCAGUUUCUUGAAAACAAGCUGGUGGUGUCCAAAGGCAGUAGGGAGGGAUGGCUGAACUUCAAUGAACUGUACAAAAACCAGCCUGCUGACCAUUCCUGUGUCAAAACAAGGAUUCAAGAUUCAAUGGUUAUCUUCUUUACCAGUGGAACCACAGGUUCUCCAAAGAUGACCGAACAUUCCCAGGGCAGCCUUGGUUUUAGACCCCUGUUAUGUGAAAGGUACUGGUUGGAUACAUCUCCGUCAGACACGGUGUGGGGCAUUACAGACACAGGCUGGAUAGUAACUUCACUGGCAUCUCUAUUUGAUGCCUGGGCUUUGGGAUCGUGUGUCUUUGUCCACCAGCUCCCACAGAUUGAACCAUCAGUUAUCCUAAAUACUCUCUGCAGAUUCCCCAUUGACACCAUGAUUAGUGCUCCCACCCUGUACCGCAUGCUGGUGCAAGCUGAUCUCUCCAGUUACAAAUUCAUGAACCUGAAGCACUGCAUGAGCGGAGGGGAGCCGCUAAACCCAGAAGUCAUUGACCAGUGGAAAAGCAAGACAGGGCUGGACAUCCAUGAAGUGUAUGGCCAGACUGAAGCGGGAAUAAUCUGCUCUGUUUCUAAAGGAAUGAAGAUCAAACCUGGAUCAAUGGGAAAGGCCGCUCCCCCGUUUGAUGUUCAGGUUGUAGACAAAAAUGCUAAUAUUCUGCCUCCUGGACAACAGGGGGAAAUUGCUGUCAGAAGCAAACCCGUAAGACCACUUGGUUUAUUCACUGAAUAUGUAGAUAACCCUAAGAAAACUACAGAAAGCGAGCGUGGGGAUUUUUACAUCACAGGGGACAGAGGGACUAUGGAUGAAGACGGAUAUUUUUGGUUUAUUGGAAGAGACGACGAUAUCAUCAUUUCUUCAGGGUAUCGCAUUGGGCCAUUUGAGGUAGAGAGCGCCCUGAUAGAACACCCAGCAGUAGCAGAAACAGCUGUUGUCAGCAGUCCAGAUCCCCUCAGAGGAGAGGUUGUGAAAGCAUUUGUGGUCUUGUCUGAUGCCUUUUCAUCCAGUGACUGCGAGAGCUUAACCCGUGACUUGCAGGAGCAUGUCAAGAAAACUACUGCUCCAUACAAAUAUCCCAGGAAGGUGGAAUUUGUCCGGGAGCUACCAAAGACAAUCACUGGGAAGAUAAAGAGGAAUGAAUUAAGAGCCAAAGAGUGGGGACAGAUGUAGCACUGUGUGGAAUUUAACAGAACUCCUGUUGUUCCAUUAAUGCUAUAUUUCUCUGUUAAAAUCAGCCUGGUCUGCCUUUUGUUAAAUGCCUGAGCAUCAAAACUUGUACAUAACACCAAAGUGUGAUGUCUGCAUCUGUUUGCAAAAACUUCUAAUGUCAGCACUACAAGUUCAGAUCCUGAUGCACUGCUGGGAGAACAAACCAAUUAUACAAUUCCAUUCUAGUCCUUACUAUCCAAAACUUCACCAGAACUUAGCUGGUGACCCAUCUCUAAUAUAUAACAUCCAAGAUCACAAAAGGAUAGGAGGAAGUUUUUCACCCAGAGGGUGGUGAGGCACUGGAACAGGUUGCCCAAGGAGGCUGUGGAUACCCCAUCCC